AUGAUGGACUUCACGAGUAACCUGCGCUUGCGCAUUCGAACAAACAAUCAUACAAUGGAAGCUGUGGUUGAAACCAUUCGGAAGAGUGAUUCGGAUGAUAUCGGAGCUCUUUAUUAUGUUGUAGCCGUUGUGUUUAUCUAUGGUUUUUCAAUAGUGAUGAUGAUCGCGUCGCAUAUUCGUAAAAAUAAGCAGGACAACCAGCUUCGGGUCUACUUAAAGGAAAUGGCGGUGCUACGCAAAAACGAUAGGAGGGAAAAGCUGGUAGGCACAAUCUCCAGUUUCACUACAAAGAAGAAUACUUUCGCAGAGGAAUUUGAAAAAAAGAAAAUACCAACAAAAUUGAUUGAGGGAGUGAAUGAGGAGAGACAGGAGUUGCUUUUUCGUGCAAACAGUGCAAGUGAUGAGACGAAUGAUUCGGGAUUGCAGCUGAAUUAUGACGAAGAUACAGAGUCUCCUCCCAAAACAUGUGAAAGUCAGACCUCCAAGCAAGGCUCUGUGUUGGUACACGUGAUAAACGAACAGACCUCGUUAUGA